UCAUGUGAUCAUGUGACGCUUCCUGGAGCUUCACUUUCACGCAUCACUUUUGCUCUCCGUAACAACAUUUACCAGCAGCAAACGCUACAUCCACAGCGGGAUUUUGUUUCGGAUUUGCGCUCGUUUACGGCAUGGCUGACGGUGAGCGAUCACCUUUGCUAUUGGACAGUCGCGAUGGAAUGAACGGGCUGUCACCGGGAGAUGAGACCCAUCGACCUCCGAGCAAACCACAGAAUUUCCCAGCGUUCCCAUCAGCUCCUCCCGUGUCAAUGCUGGGAGAGGCUCCUCCACCGUAUUCCCCGCUGGGUUCUCCGGAGAGUGGCAGUGCUUCUGUCAUCAGCUGCAGAGUGUGUCAGUCGCUUAUUAGCGUGGAGGGCAAAAUCCACCAGCAUGUGGUCAAAUGCGGUGUCUGCAAUGAAGCUACACCCAUAAAGAAUGCUCCAGCAGGAAAGAAGUAUGUGAGGUGUCCAUGUAACUGUCUUCUCAUCUGCAAAGUCACCUCACAGAGGAUCGCCUGCCCUCGACCUUACUGUAAGCGAAUUAUCAAUUUAGGUCCAGUUCAUCCUGGUGCUGGGAGUCCGAAUCCUCAGCCUAGUGGUGCCAGAGUUUCCUGUGGCCACUGUGGAAACACUUUUCUGUGGACAGAAUUUACAGAUCGGACAUUGGCUCGCUGUCCACACUGCAGAAAAGUUUCAUCGAUUGGCCAGAGGUACCCUAGAAAGCGGAGUUUGAUAUGUUUCCUGUUGUGCUUGAUCUUCAUCAUAAUGACUGCAGGAUUGAUUGCUGGCUCCUGGUGGAAGGCACCAAAUUAUAAGGGCAUUUAUGCAUCCUGGGUAUUUUUCAUUCUCCUGGUGCUGAUCACUUUGGUCAGAGCUCUGCACUGGGCCUGCAUGAAAAUCAGUGAACCGCUGCACAGCUACUCGUAAUAGGAGAGAUGAAUGAGGAGGAGGUAGAGAUGAAGUGUAAGAGACAAGAAUAAGGAGAAAAGAUGUUAAUAGUGUGAUGCUCUGUCCAAAAGGGUGAAGACCUGUCAGGAAACCCAUCCAAGUCAUAUUUCACCCCAAAAUCAAUGC